AUGGAUCCCAACCCGUCCAACUUCCCCAUCCUCUCCUACGUCAUGAACCGCCUCCCCUCCUUGGGGACUAAGCACAUCGCACCCACAACCCCCAUCGCCUCUGACCUCCAUUCCAUCCACAUCGACGCCCACCCACAACCACCAUCCAAAUCCUCCACCGAUCCAUCCUCCUCCUCCUCUCAAACCACGAUCGUUGACCACAUGCCUCACUUGUCCGACCCCAAGGUCCUCGCCGCCAUGAGCCGGGCCAUCUCCGACGUCUCCCAGACCCGCUCCGUUCUCAAAACCCUCGGCGACCGCCCCGACCACGAGGCCGUCGACGUUUCCAAGGCCAGGCUCGCCGCCGUCGAUUCCGAUUUGGCAAAGAAGCUAGAGGAGCUCGUUCUCUCGCCCCGCCCUGCUGACGUCGACCGACUCCAGUGGCGGGCAAACCUUGCGGACAGAGAGCAGGAGUACCGCGAGUCGGCGGAGAAGGAGAAACAAGGUUACAAGGCGAUUGUGCAGCUGGAUGAGUUGCACUCCGCCUACGAAAAGCUUCUCAAGGACGCCGAGCAGAGGCUCGUCAAGAUUUACGAGUCGGCCGAGGCUGGCGUCGUCGUCGAAGAUGACAAGGUGGAGGAGGAGGGUUUCACCAGCGACCAAGUCCAUGAGGAGGUGGUUGGGAUUCUACAGGAGGCCUCCGGAACCGAGCUGGACAGGGUCAACCUCUCCGGUCGGCGGUUGCGGUUCUUGCCCGAGGCCUUUGGCCGGAUUCGCGGUUUGCUUAUGCUCGAUCUUUCCAAUAAUGAACUCCAGGUAAUUCCUGAUUCAAUAGCUGGAUUAGAGAAGCUUGAAGAGCUAAAUUUGUCUUCGAAUCUUCUGGAGGCACUGCCAGACUCAAUCGGGAUGUUGCAGAAUUUGAAGGUUCUGAGUGCCUAUGGGAACAAGCUAAGUGCCCUUCCUGACUCUAUCUGUCAAUGCAGGUCAUUGGUGGAGUUGGAUGUGAGCUUCAACGGCCUCACAUACUUGCCAACCAACAUUGGUUUUGAGUUGGUCAAUCUACAGAAGCUUUCUAUCCAAUUAAACAAAAUACGCUCCCUUCCCACCUCUGUCUGUGAGUUGAGGUCCUUGCGCUACUUGGAUGCUCACUUCAAUGAGCUCCGCGGCCUUCCUCUAGCCUUUGGCCGGUUGACCAAUCUUCAAAUCCUCAAUCUCUGCAGUAAUUUUACCGAUCUCACAGAGCUGCCCGACACCUUCGGUGAUUUAACCAACCUCAAGGAACUUGACCUCAGCAACAAUCAGAUUCAUGCUCUUCCAGAUACUUUUGGCCGCCUGGACAAUUUGACCAAACUUAAUGUGGACGGGAACCCUCUUGUGCUUCCACCCCCGGAUGUAGUUCAACAAGGUGUGGAAGCUGUCAAGGUUUUUAUGGCCAAGAGAUGGUUAGAGAUACUGGUGGAAGAAGAAAGGAAGAGCAUGCUUCAAGUACAAGAACGAGAAGAAACAGGAUGGUUGACACGCAGCACUUCCUGGUUGAAGGAUUAUGUUUCUGGGGUGUCUGAAUAUAUUGGAUCUCCAAGAACUGCUAGAGACCCUAUUCUUGACCAGCAGCUAUGA